AUGCCUACUCAAACGCUGUACUCGCUCCUCAACGUCACCAGCGACGCCCGGACGGUGCAAAUCCGACGUGCAUACCUCCUUCGCCUGAACGAGGACCCCUCGCAGGUUGACAUCCUUUCAUCGGCCUAUGAUGUCCUCACCAACCCAGCUGCAAGGGCCCGAUACGACUCUCAACUGGUGCUCGCCCUCCACGCCCACCGGUUCCAGCCCCUUCCACAAGGAACACUCGCCGCUCGCCGCGUGCGAUCUGUGCCCGAGCUCAAGUGCAAGGGGUGUGGGAUGCGGUGGGCCGUGAAGCAGUGGGGGUACUCUCGCCCACCGUUCGCAUCGCCUUCUGCGUGUCCAGCCUGUGGACAAUCCGUUGUGUGA